AUGUUUACUAAAUCUAAAGUGCAAUUUCAAGAUCAACAACUAGAUGAUUAUGUACUCGAGAAUUCAGUACUAAAGAGUAAAUUACAAAGUAAAGUUGAAGCCUUAGCUAUUAUGAACAAAGAAUUGGACAAGUGCAGUAUGGAACGUGACAGAUAUAAAACAUUAGUAGAACAAUUACAAUGUAAGAAAACUAUGUCAAUAUGCCUUCAAGAUAAUAAUAACUUCAGGUUUACACCAAUAAAUACUAUAACUGGUGGUGAAAUACUUGCUAAAACCAGAGACAAUAAUAUUAUGUUAAAGUUAGAGGUUGAGACUUUACGUAGUAAAUUAGAAGAAGCAAAUGGUGACAUUUUGGCUUUAAGGAGACAAAUACAAAAGGGCACCUUAAUUGAUGAAAAUAAUGCAAUUAAAAAACUUUCAUCUAUUUCUCCACAAAAGGACUAUGAACAGCUAGUACAGAAUUUAGAAAGAAUUCAGAAAAAAUACCAACAACUAAAGUUAGAUUAUCGGACAACACUGGAUGAAAAAGAGGAGCUUGUUGCUGACCGUGACUACUAUAAGAGCAAAGUCCAUCGUCUAAAUCAUCAAAUCAGCUAUGUUCUAUCAAAUAAAAUAAAAAGUCAACAAGAUUCUGAGGAUCCGCCAAAGCCCAUUAUUGAUAUUGAUGCAUUAGUCACUGAAAAUAAAUAUCUCCAUGAAAGAAUUACACAACUGCAAGUAGAAAAAGAAAUUAUUAAAAGAACCCUCACUAAAUAUAAGACAUUGCUUGAUAACAGAAGUAAAGGUGAAUCUGUAAAUUUCAAAAAAGGCUUUGUAGAUGUCAUGACACAAAAGCAAGUAAGAGAAUAUUUGAAUAUCAAUUCAAAAACAGGUCUUAAAAGAAGCUCGGCUGCGGAAUUUAAAUCAUUAUGUUUGGGAUUAUUUGAGGCAUUGAACGAUAAAUCCAUUGCAUUACAGCAUCAAAGGAAAACAAAUCAGAUUUUAGCGAACAGAAUAAAUGAAUUGGAAAAAACUUUAGAAAGCUGGUGUAAUGGUCAAAAAUGUAUCCCUAUUUUUCCAUCCCAAAUGCUUCUGGAGGAUUUUCUUCCUGACUCCGCAUCCGUAAAAUCGGAUGAAACAAAAGAAAAAAAUUUGUAUGAGCCUACGCAGGAUAAUGAUUUAAAGAUGAGAUAUUCUGACAGUGAUGAGGACUUAAAAUCUAAUAUUGAUAGCCAAACAAUUCAUUACGCAGAUAAUUAUGAAAAUGGUAGUGGAGAUAAUAGAAUUAUCACUAAAACUGUUUUACCUUUCGAAUUGGAACAGUUAGUGAAAGAAGCUCUAGCUGAAUUAAAACCCAUACAGUAA